AUGCCGCUCUGUCUCAUCUUCAUCGGCUUGAAGAAGGCUUCCGACUCGCUUGAGACGGAAGCGGUCAUGAAAGCAUUGGACAACAAAGGCGUCCCUACUCAGUACAUAAAGAUACUUCUAGUGUUGUACAGCAACGCCACUCUCGUGAACGCGAUGCGAGGAUUGGAAUGGAAUAACAUUGGAGUGAAAGUUGACGUUCGGCAUUCACACCAUCCUUGUUUCGCUGAUGAUAUCGUUGCUAUAACAUCAAGCAUUAAUCAGGCGGAACGGAUGCUGGCCGAAUUUGAUGAAACGUGUAAAAAGAUAGCUGAUAAACCCGAAUUGGACGCGUUUUACGAGGAGCUGGAGGAAGUAAUCCACAACGAGAAGUCUUUCUACAAAUUCGUUGUCGGAGACUUCAACGCAAAACUAGGAAAGGCCACAGAAGAGGAAUACAGGAUUGGAGGACUUGGACUAGGGGACUGGAAUGAAAAUGGCAAUCGUCCCGCCGGGCCGUUGUCCGCCGCUCGCCGCUUUCAUGGGAACUCUCUUUUCAUGAAAAAAGAUCAUCGUCGGUGGACAUGGGAAUCGCCCAAUGGCGCGACUCGUGCGGAGAUCGACCACAUACUCAUCAACCGAAGCCACACGAUGGAAAAGAACAUCUGCUAUCGGCAGCGAAGGAGAAAAGAAGUUGUCUACGACGAUUGCGUACUCGAGGAUUCCUUGUCCAACGGUGACUGGCACAUCGAGGACCCAAACGUGAACUACGAGAUGCUUCUCAGAGGAUUAGGAGCCUGUGCUGAGCGUGCCUCGAAGCCGCGCACGACAAACGUGGAUCGAAUUUCGAAGACCACCAAGGAAUUGUUGGAAAGAAGAAGGGCUUUGAGGCUUGAUCCGAAUGCAUCGCACGUUGAGUGGUUAGUAGCAAACACUAGCUGCAGAAAAGCGUUGCAGGAGGAUCUUUUGAAAUACAGGCAGAAGAAGAUUCUGGAAGCAGCACAAAGAAGAACGAGUCUAAAGAAGUGCCGCAGGGAUCUCCGCGAGUAUAAUAUUCCGUUAGCAGCCCUGCUGAGCGAAGGCGGGACUCGCACGUCUUCUCGUCGUAAGAUGGAAAUCAUUACGGAGAGGUUCUACUCGAACCCUUUCCGUUCAUCAGCUCCUGUGUCAGGCCCGAUCAUCCCCAUUGGUGAAGCUCCACCACGGAUUCUCCCUUCGGAAGAUGCUGGAAGCCCAGCCUCAAGAACAAGCUGGAUUCCGCCAAGGGUUCAGCUGCUUGGACCACAUCCAGAUCGUGUCGAGGGUCAUAGAGGUUUGCCGGGAAUACCGCCUGCUCCUUAUUCUAACCUUCAUCGACAUGAGAAAGCCUUCGACAGCGUAGAAACGAAUGCAAUACUGUCAGCGCUGGUCGAUCAAGGUGUGGUCGCGUCGUAUGUGAGGACAUUAGCCAAUUGCUACGAUCGUUGCACGACUAGGAUACAGCUUUUCCACCGCCCUCUCACCAUACCCAUUGGAAAGGGGGUACGACAAAGCGAUACUAUAUCGCCGAAACUGUUCGUGGCUGCAUUGCAAUGGAUAAUGAAAUUACUUCCUUGGGAAGAAAGGGGCAUACGUGUUGAUGGAAGAUCUCUCUCGAACCUUCGUUUUGCGGACGACAUCGUUCUCUUUUCGAGCAGUACCAAUGAAGCAGAAACGAUGCUCAACGAAUUGAACGAAGCAGGGAAGAAAAUAGGAUUGCGAAUAAACAGAAAGAAGACACAGUUCAUGAAGAACGCCUACUGCGAGGACGGAGGAGUACAACUUGAAGGCUCCCAAAUCGUGGGAACUUCGUCAUACGUAUACCUCGCGCGUUCUAUGAACAUGGAAAACGACUCGAAGGAAGAACUGAAUAGAAGAAUGAGAGCAGCAUGGGCAGCGUUCGCACUCGUCAGGGAAGCUACGGACCAACUGGCGGACCAGGAUCUUCGUGCCCAUCUGUUCGACUCGACAGCUCUUCCAGCGCUCUGUGACGCAGCGGAGACGUGGGCAGACACUGCUGCCACGUCUAAGAAGUUACUUACCACCCACAGAGCCCAUGAGAGAUGUCUUCUGAAGUUCAACCGGCGCACACAACACCUAUCCGGACCUCGCAGCUCCGACUUAAGAGGAGUGUCCUUAGGGAAAACGAUAGAUGGACUAAAAGAGCGCUAG